CGGCGGCGGCGGAGCCGGAGGAGGAGGAGGGUCCGGAGGCCUGAGCCCCACGAUGAGGCCGGGCGCGGGAGCCGAGCGAGGAGGCGGCGGAGGCCUGAUGAUGGGGCACCCGGGCAUGCACUAUCCUCCCAUGGGAAUUCACCCAAUGGGCCAGAGACCACCAAAUAUGCCACCUGUUCCACACGGAAUGAUGCCGCAAAUGAUGUCCUCAAUGGGUGGACACGCAAUGGGACAAAUGUCCGGAAUGAUGUCUUCAGUCAUGCCUGGAAUGAUGAUGUCUCAUAUGUCCCAGACUUCUAUGCAGUCCGCCUUACCGAAAUCAAUGUGGACUGAGCAUAAAUCACCAGAUGGAAGGACAUAUUAUUACAAUACUGAAACAAAGCAGUCUACAUGGGAGAAGCCUGAUGAUCUUAAAACACCUGCUGAGCAAUUAUUGUCUAAAUGUCCCUGGAAGGAGUAUAAGUCUGACUCUGGAAAGCCUUACUACUAUAAUUCUCAAACAAAAGAAUCACGUUGGGCAAAACCCAAGGAACUCGAGGAUCUCGAAGGAUACCAGAAUACCAUUGUUGCUGGAAGUCUUAUUACAAAAUCAAACCUGCAUGCUAUGAUCAAAGCUGAAGAAACCAGUAAACAGGAAGAUUCUCCCACAACGUCAUCCGCCCCUGUCCCUACAACAGAAAUCACAAGUACGAUGAGUACGAUGGCUGCGGCCGAAGCGGCGGCCGCUGUGGUCGCCGCCGCGGCCGCCGCUGCCGCGGCCGCGGCCGCCGCCAACGCCAACGCCAAUUCUUCCUCCGCCCCCGCUACGAUCGUCACCGCCACGACUCCAACGGCCGGCGAGGGGGAGGUCACUUCCAUUGUCGCCACCGUCAUAGACAAUGAGAGCACCACAACAAUCUCCACGGAGGACCAAGCACAAAUUCUCUGUACUCCCGCCGUUCAGGAGCAGAGCGUAGAGGCGGCCAGUAGUGUGUCGGAAGAAGUGUCUAAGCAGGAGGCUUCAGCGGAUUAUACUCCCAAAAAGGAAGAAGAUGAUAACCAGCCUGCCAAAAAAACAUAUACCUGGAACACAAAAGAAGAAGCAAAGCAAGCAUUUAAAGAAUUGCUGAAAGAGAAGAGAGUACCAUCCAAUGCCUCUUGGGAACAAGCAAUGAAAAUGAUCAUUAAUGAUCCCAGAUACAGUGCUCUAGCAAAGCUGAGUGAAAAGAAACAAGCAUUUAAUGCCUACAAAGUCCAGACAGAGAAGGAAGAGAAAGAAGAAGCCAGAUCAAAAUACAAAGAAGCUAAGGAAUCCUUUCAGCGUUUCCUUGAGAACCAUGAUAAGAUGACCUCCACAACUCGAUACAAAAAAGCCGAACAAAUGUUUGGCGAGAUGGAGGUCUGGAAUGCUAUAUCAGAGCGGGACCGGCUGGAAAUUUAUGAAGAUGUCUUGUUCUUUUUGUCAAAAAAAGAAAAGGAACAAGCAAAGCAGUUACGAAAGAGAAAUUGGGAAGCGCUGAAAAAUAUUCUUGACAACAUGGCGAAUGUUACGUAUUCUACCACUUGGUCUGAGGCACAGCAGUAUCUCAUGGAUAAUCCCACCUUUGCAGAGGAUGAGGAGCUACAGAACAUGGAUAAAGAAGAUGCAUUGAUAUGUUUUGAAGAACAUAUUCGGGCCCUGGAGAAAGAAGAAGAAGAAGAAAAACAAAAAAGCUUGCUCCGGGAAAGAAGACGGCAGCGUAAAAAUAGGGAAUCUUUUCAGAUAUUUUUGGAUGAACUGCAUGAACACGGCCAAUUGCAUUCUAUGUCAUCUUGGAUGGAGUUGUACCCAACCAUAAGUUCUGAUAUUAGAUUUACUAACAUGCUUGGUCAGCCGGUUUUUUCAUUAGGAUCAACUGCACUUGAUCUUUUCAAGUUUUAUGUUGAGGAUCUAAAGGCACGCUAUCAUGAUGAAAAGAAGAUAAUAAAAGAUAUUCUAAAGGAUAAAGGAUUUGUGGUUGAAGUGAAUACCACUUUUGAAGACUUCGUUGCAGUCAUCAGUUCAACUAAAAGAUCUACCACGUUAGAUGCUGGAAAUAUCAAACUAGCUUUCAACAGUUUGUUGGAAAAAGCCGAGGCCCGGGAACGUGAAAGGGAAAAAGAAGAGGCUCGUAAAAUGAAGAGGAAAGAGUCUGCGUUCAAGAGUAUGUUGAAGCAAGCUGCUCCUCCAAUAGAGUUAGAUGCCGUCUGGGAAGAUAUUCGGGAGAGAUUUGUGAAGGAACCUGCAUUUGAAGACAUCACUUUAGAGUCUGAAAGAAAAAGAAUAUUUAAAGAUUUCAUGCACGUGCUCGAGCAUGAAUGCCAGCAUCACCAUUCAAAGAACAAGAAACACUCUAAGAAAUCUAAAAAGCAUCACAGAAAGCGUUCCCGCUCUCGAUCGGGUUCAGAGUCAGAUGAUGAUGAUAGCCAUUCAAAGAAAAAGAGGCAGCGUUCAGAAUCCCGCUCUGCUUCAGAGCGUUCUUCAAGUGCAGAGUCUGAGAGAAGUUAUAAGAAGUCAAAAAAGCAUAAGAAGAAGAGCAAAAAAAGGAGGCACAAGUCUGAUUCUCCAGAGUCUGAUGCUGAACGGGAGAAAGACAAGAAAGAGAAAGAUCGAGAAAACGAAAAAGAUAGAGCUAGACAGAGGUCUGAGUCAAAACACAAAUCACCUAAAAAAAAGACCGGAAAGGAUUCUGGUAAUUGGGAUACUUCUGGCAGUGAACUGAGUGAAGGGGAAUUAGAAAAGCGGAGAAGGACCCUCUUGGAACAGCUGGAUGAUGAUCAAUAAAAUAAUUAUACCAAAUAUAUGUUUACAAAAUGACAAAAUAAAGAGAAACGUACAUAGUGCAGGACAGGGAUUCUGAUGUUUUAAGUUCCAUUGAAGCAACACUGGGUUUUAAGUGUAUCACAGGAAGAAGUGAAUUUCAGGAACGUUGCAAAGGAUUUGACUUUUAAAUCUGCAAAGGCAAAGGAAAUUCCAACACCAAGGUGAAAACCCCUCUGUGUCUGUCCAGAGAACCACAAGAAGAUCCCAGCUGCCGUGGUCCCCCUUAGAGGGCCCUGUGGCUGAGCGCUUCGCUGCUUCUUCCCGUUCCUUCCUUUUGUGUUCUCAAGUCAAAACAAUGCUAUGGUUUUUUUGGGGGGGGGGGGGGGGGGGGGUUGGUAUUUUUUUUUUUUCCAGCGGUUUGAUUGGCUUUGCAGAAGAUGGAUUUUGGGGAUAUAAUGAAACCAAUUUUGAUGUUUAGUGGUAAAUGAGCACCAGCAACAGAUGAGACGGCUUUUUUGUGCACUUCCAGUUUAGACUGAUGUGAAUUUUUAUGGCGAAGACAUCCUAAAAUUGGGGGUUUACAAUGGCAGGCCGUCAGACCCUUAACUGUAGUGGCACUGGCAAGAGGCUGCUGCAGAGAUAACCACCAUUGUUAAUUUUAAACACCUGAAUGAUGAGAGGGGGCUGUGAUGAGGGCAUUAUUUGAACACCUGUUUUGAGACGAUGUUAAAAAAAAAUAUUAACAUCAAAUCAAAUCGCAAAUUACUUUGAAAGUGUUGCCUUAAGGACCUACUAAAGAACGGGACACCACAUUUUAAGUGACAGUUGCAAUAUUCUUGUCUUAAAAAUAGAAAAUCAAUAUUGACGUAAAACACUUUAGGGGUAAAGCUGUCUUGACAAAAAAAAAAGAAAUGAAUCUCGUUUCCUCUCCCCUCACCCCCAGUUUGGGUUUUCAUUGAGGAAAACUUUUACCUUUCCCUCCUCAGUGAGAAAUAUUGACUUCUGUGGUACACAUUCUGAAGCAUUUCUGAUUUGAAUAUUUUUGUACAUUUUUAUCGAUUAUUAAACCUUCUCUUCUAGCGUGUACUAGUAUUUAUUUCUACUUAAAAUACUCUGUACAGCUCUAACAAAGAAAUAUUUUACGAUCAGUUCAGUGGAACGACAGUGUAAUGUAUUUACUCUGAAACCUUUAAAGAAAUUUCACGUUCAUCUCCUUUCCCAUGUACUUCACUAUGGUUUUCUAAUGACACGCUUGUGACUAUUAUAAAUCAAUGCAUAUACGGUCCCCUUAUCUGAAAUUCGUGCUCGGAACGACAGUGUUCAUAUGGAAUAUUUUGCUUUAAUGUUUUGGUUGAAGAAUGGAUAAAGCACCCUUUUUUACGAAUA